GCUAUAAAGAAGAAGUCAGGCUUGAAGAGGCGGAAAAAAAGAACAAAUAAACCUGGAUUUGCGCUCUCAUCGGCAUCCGGUGAGGGAUAUGAAGAAGACAGAUAAGAACAUGGAAAUGAACUGUAAGGGUUUGAAAGGACGACAGGGGAAAUUUGUUGUCCUCAUCUUUUAUCUCCAGAUGUUGUUCAGCCCCGUGGCCGAAGCAAUUCAUCCGGACUGCGCCAUCAUCUCCCAGCACCUGAGGGCUCGUGAGAUAUGUAGCCAGACGAGGAGGAGCGAGGCGCAAAACCAAACUGACCGCAGCGGAUGUAAAACAGAGUGGGAUGAGAUCGGGUGCUGGCUGCGAGCUGAGGUUGGGCAGGUGGUCAAUUUAUCCUGCUCUGAGGUCUUCCAGCAUUUCUCCAGCAAUCAAGGGUAUGUUUACAGGAACUGUACUGCUGACGGUUGGUCGGAAAUGUAUCCACCCUAUGAGGAGGCCUGCGUGUUCAGCGAUGACAGCGAGCCUGAGUCGGAGACGAGUUACCUUUAUACCUUCAGACAGGUUUACACUGUAGGCUACGCCACGUCACUCAUCUCCCUCAUUACAGCCAUCGUGGUGUUCGCAGCCUUCAGGAAGUUCCGCUGCACCAGAAACUACAUCCACAUCAACCUGUUCGCCUCCUUCAUCCUGAGAGCCAGUGCCGUCUUCAUUAAAGACACCGUGCUGUUUGCUGAUGAGACCUUGGACCACUGCUCCAUGUCCACGAAAGCGUGCAAGUCAGCCGUGGCUUUCUUCCAGUUCAGCAUCCUGGCCAAUUACUUCUGGCUGCUGGUGGAGGGCAUGUAUCUGCAGACGCUGCUGGCUCUGACCUUCGUCUCACAGAGGAAAUACUUCUGGUGGUAUAUCCUGAUUGGAUGGGGGCUCCCAUCUACAGUUCUCAUACUGUGGGUUUUGACCAGAUUCUUCUAUGAUGACAGAGGUUGCUGGGAUGACACAGACAAUGUUGGCAUCUGGUGGAUUAUUAAGGGACCAAUAACAGCCUCACUGCUGAUCAACAUAGUCAUCUUCGUCAACGUCAUCCGGAUUCUGGUUGAAAAGCUUAAAUCUUCUGCUAUGACUGGGAACAAUGACACUGGACACUUUAUGAGGCUGGCAAAAUCCACCCUGUUCCUGAUUCCUCUGUUUGGGAUGCACUACACUGUAUUUGCCUUCCUGCCUGAGAACACUGGAGUAGCAGCCAGACUCUACAUCGAGCUGGGACUGGGCUCCUUUCAGGGGUUUGUGGUGGCGCUUCUUUACUGUUUCAUGAAUGGAGAGGUCCAAACAGAGCUGCGGAGGUGGCUGUGGAAGUGCCACAAUCAAAGUCAUCUCACACCAGCUAAGAGAAGCAUCACUCAGAUCACAAUUCGGACUCAUGGGGGGCUCGGGCUGCCUGCUUCUAGUGGCAACAUCUCUUCUGUAUGA